AUGUAUGUCAAGCAAGAAGAAAUCUCUGUAUUGGCUUUCUUAUUCCACGACGAAUCCGGAAGCGAGUUACUGUGGGCACACAUUGCAGGGACUUUUCUGUGCGUCUAUGUGAUUGUUUCCUUUUGGAGUUUUGGAAUACGUUGCUAUCGUCGCCCUCGCAUUGGUCCAUCCCAUUUUCAUCACACACGCUAUCGAUUACGCCGUCGCCGAAAUUGGUUCCGCCGAUUCCUCUUAUCUUCCAAAGCCCACCAACGCAUCGCGUUCCAAACAACCCAAAAGAUGUCGUCCGAUAUCCGUCCCAACACCUCCUCCGAUAGCCAACCGAAUAAGAAUCACACUGGCUCUGCUACUGCUGAAGAUGUCAAGCAACGACACAUUCCUCCCUUUCGGACCCGAUCUUCUUCCAGCACCACCACGACAAUCAGCAAUAGCAACAGUACCAUUGAAGCACCCGUCUUGGUAUAUCAUGAAUCGGCCCGGUCCAUUGUGUUUCGAGAUCACAUUCGUCGGGCCAUCAAAAAGGGACAAGAAGAGGAGGAAGAAUCCAAAAAUCGAACCGUCACCACGGCCUUUGUCACGGAACUCAUGGAUGCCAAUCGGGAUGCCGCAGCCUAUGUCCCACCUGCCGACAUGUUGUCCAAAACGGCGGAUAAUGAUACUGCGCUAGUAGUGACGGAAACCAACAUUUCCAAUUGUUUCCAACCCACCGUGGUGCCACUGCCCAAACUCGCCUUGGGGCCCAACGAUGUCUUGGAGGAACUCAUCCAAUCACCCUCAGGUCGUGAUGGAGACAUUGGAGCCGAUUGGACCGUGGCCGAAACCGAAGUGGUCGAUUUGCUCACACGUCAACAAGCACUGGUCAAAACCAUCAAGAAUACCGACUGGGCAUCCUUCUUGCAUCGACUCCAAGUCCCCAAAGAAAAUCGACGAGACAACUUUCCCUCAGAACAAGCCGAUGCGCCACCCAAAGAGGGGUAUCCCUUUACCAGCUUUGUCACGAGUUGCUCCUUGUUGCCACCCGGUGGAGCCAAGAUGCGGGCCUUCGGAUCCCCCUCGCAGUAUACUGCCGGAGUCGUCUUUGGCUUGCCAGACACACACGAUUCGGAUGAAGCGGCCGAACGUACCAAAACGUGGAGUUGGCCCGCGGGGUACAGUGCCAAGACGGAAUUCAAUAUUGAUGGCAAUGGAGAAUUGAUCAAUGGACGCAAUGAAGCCCGUGUUUCGUUUAGUACCUUGCGACAGUUCAAUGAGGAUUAUCUCACCAAGGAAGAUCAUAUGAUUGCGGGACGACUGGUCAAAGGAGGCUUGAAGGUUGUUCCGUACAAUGAGAUUUAUGUUCGAAUUGGUGGAUUGGGGCGCAUCGUUAAUGGAAAAUAUGUUGUUACGGGAGAGCCGCACGAAGAUGGUUCGGAGCAUGGGAGGAGCUUUGACAAGGGAUUGGGGUUGCCAAUUGCCCUGUUUGUGAGAACGGCAACGUUUGGCCAUUUGAUUUCCCUCAUUCGAACCAGAGCAAGAUUGAUGCAUGUGCUAGGAGAGAAUCAGAUCAAGGGAAUACCUCUUCUGUUGAUCACUCCCACGGAUGGAGUGCGUGUUCUGACCGAGGCACUGCAGGCCUCGCUGUUGAAGGUGGCAUCACAUCAGUUGAACCCCUUUCAGAAUCCCACCAUUGCUCAUAAGACGACGAUUGAUCACACGGGGGAAGAACAGCUCGAGCAAAAGUUGGAGGAGCUCAUUGAUUUGGACGAUAAUGUCAGGAAGCUCCUGACGCCAGAGGAGUGUGUAAGGUUGGCAGGGGGUUUCGGUGCAACUGACGAUUCCGUAGCCGCGAUAUUGAAGGAGGCCAUGAUUGCAGACAGGAACGUUGAAACGAGCAACAGCAUCAAUGGAGAAGGGCACAUGUUGCAGGAUCUGGUCAAUGAAGGACUGGCGGCAGCUGUUCGAUCUGGCGAUUACUAUACUUCUCGACAGCUGCUGAUCCUUUACUCCCUGGUUGCGUCGAAUGGCUUUGACGACGAUGAGAAUGAUCAUGGUGACGAUGAAGCAACCAGCCAACCACAAUCGAAAACGAAAAUGUUGCGAGAUGCCACUCCUAUGUCAGAGCUCAAGGAAUCGAUCAACACAAUCAGCACAGACUUGAAACCCCCGCCCCCUCCCCCGUUGGACACAGAUCGGCUGCGCAGCGCAACUAACUCCGACGGUCUGUUGUCUGUGCUUGGUGCUGCGCAAGUUCUCAAAUCGAUGCAAGACAAUGGUGCCAUGCGACGAACAGAUGAAGUCAUUCUUGCCUUGGACGAAUGGAUAGAACAUGGCGAGCAAUCAAUGGCGUUUCGAUUGGCAUCGUGGAGAGACCAAAGAGCUGCUCAGGGAGACCUGAAGAUUGCAAUGGAAAGCAGCGCUUCGUGGAUGGCAUUCAUCAGCAACAAAGCCAUAUCGAAUCGCAAGUCUUUUGUCACGCAACUUCGACAAGCUGCACAGUCGACUGACUUUACUGACGUUCGAUUCUUGUCUGCCAUUGAAGCCAUUUUGAGCCGCAUGCAUUCGCCUUGCCUGCGACUGGAGCUCUUGCAGUAUGUCCUUGGCCUGGAUAAUCGAUAUUCCGUGGCUCAUGUUGCUCGCAGCGUCGCAUUGGCCAAGACGUGUCUUGGUUUUGGUGGUGGCUAG